AGAAUCAAAAGACAAAUUCAAAAUCGGGGGGUCUCCAGCUCUGCGUGUCACAUGGAAGCACAGUAGCCGAGCCGAGGGGAUGUGAGCGCAGAUGGAAGGGGCUUGAGGGACCGCGGAGGAGAACAACCCGGGGAGCACAUCGGAGAUCCAGCGGCGGCACAAAGGCGGGUCCGACCCGUGCCGGGCCUCCCUUCUGGCUGGGGAGCGAGAGGUGCGCGGACAGGGCGCACGAGCGGGUCGGCGGGCGCUCGUCGGGUGUCACAUGCAAUAUGCAGCAUUCCCGUUUCCUCAAGCCCGACAACGCCAAGUUAUCGCCUUCGAUCGAUUGUGCUCGCGGGGAGCGCCAUGGUCCGAGGGGAAGCAGAAACUGAAGGAAGCGACCGGGGUUGACGCUGCGCCCCCCCCACCCCCCACCCCUCGCUCCCAGCCCCCCCCCUCCAAAAAAAAUCUCCAAAACUGAAUCCCAGAGAGGCCGUGGCACUUCCCCGCGUGGAUGAGUUGUGCGGUCGUGUGUGCGAGUGUGCGCGUGCGUGUGUGUGAGAGCAAGUGAGCGUCAGCGCUCCCACAUGGCCUCCAUGCAGGACGGGCUUAUCUUCACGGCUCCUCCCUACGGCAAGGUCCUGCUGCUGGGUGCUAUCGCUGCUGCCUCGGCCUUUGUUGUCACAAUCCUCAUCGUGGUGCUCUGCGUGGGCUGCCAGAGGAAGGGGAAGACACACAAUGUUCCCAGUGAGGGGGGAAAACACCGUCUCAUGGACAUGGGUAUACUCAGGCAGUCAAAGCUGCGGUCCAUCAGUAAAUCCGGCACUGAGAUGAACAAGAUGAACUGCAAUGGCAAAAGCAGGCAGCUUCCCCAGGUUCCCUCUGGAGAGGACGGGGAGCACACUUACUCUGAAGUGGGCCGAGGCUCCUCCACCACACGUACUGACGAUGCCAUGUACGCCAUGGUAGGCAGGGCCGGGCAGACGGACACGCCGGCCCCUCCGGCCGUCCCCGCCAACACCCCGGCUCCCCCGGACCCGGACGGCGACGUGGAGGGAGGGCUGCCCGAACCAGAGUCCGAGGUCAUGUCCCACCCUCACCCUCCGGAGACGGCCGAGUACGCGUGCGUCAGGAAGCUGAGGAAGGCCGAAAAGGCCCCCCAAAAGAGGGACAGCGGGACGGACAUGGGGGAGCCGCCGGUGCCGCCUCCGCGACACGCCCCGCCGUCACACCCCGCCCCUCCUCCGCCACACCCACACAGCACGAAGUUGCCCCGGAGAAACGUGGACGCCUUCAGUGUCCCGGCGUUCCCAAAGGAAGUGAUGUUUAUGGGCAACGGAGAGCAGUACAUCUGGAAGCCGCCAGAGGAUGAGGAGAUGCUCAUGCACCAAAAUAAAGCCCUUGGACCUUUGGGUGCUCACCCGGUGGAGAAUAUACAGCCGUCUGCUGCUGUGGUGGCUGAGAUGUACUCAAAGGUGUGCAAGCCAGGAAAGAAGAAACGAGCGGUUCCCGUGUCUCCCCCGGCCAACCCCGGCUUCCGGACCCUGGGUCGCGGCGACCGGGACCGAGACCGGGACGGGGGCUUCAGUGUCGUGGUCAAACCCCAGACGUGGGCCCUUCAGGACGGCAAAGCCGUCGGAGGGCCCCUCGACGACCACUGCUACGAGUCCAUCGGGACGGAGGAGUGCGACCCGGCCUACGAGAACAUAGAAGGUGGAGCCGCGUGGAAGAGAGAGAGGCCCCCCAACACGUGCGCCACCCUGCGGCCGAGGAGGAAGAAAGCCCAGCAGCCCUUGCAGCAGCAGCAGCCCCCUCCCCCGCCGCCGACGCAGCAGACCCCCAAGCUGCAGCACCUGCCCGCCAAAUCCCUGCUGCUGCCGGGGGAGAACCUGUACGAGAGCAUCGGCGACCUGAAGCAGGGCUCCGCCACCUCCAGCACCACCACCAUCUUCACCUUCAACGACGGCAUGGAGAUGUAUGUGACGGGGCUCUGAGGCGGCGGCGGCGGCGAGGCGCUGUGACCCCUGACCUUCAACACGAGGAGCUGAGCGAAUGCGCCCCCCGCCCCCCAAGGAGUGGCGGCUGAGCCCCCCGUCAUGCUCCCCCACACAUACUGUUUACAUUCAAGUCAUAACAUCAGGCCUCUCACAGGCUCAUCAGGCCUCGGGGCAAUAACGUUAAACCGGUUAUGACCUGGGCUGAACACAAAAGCCGCUCUAUAAACCUUAAAAAGGAAUCCAAAGGUAGUGAAUAUUAAAUGAGCACAAGACCACCGCAGAGCGACCUGUAGGUGACAGUAGCACUUCUAUUUUACUGAUACAUAUGUGCAAAGCACAAUAAAGUUUAAAAAAAAGCCUAAAUUCUUCCUCAAUUCUAGCGGGUAAAAAAGGUCCUAGCAGGACUCCUACAGGGGUAAAGGCGCUGCGCUGUGUGAAGUAUUUCGGUAGCACUUACCACGAACAGGCCUUCUCCAAAGUUACGACGUGAUUCAGGACGAAAUUCGAAUGAAUUGCUAAUCAAAAUACUUGAAAGCUCAGGGACCAAGAGAAACAAUUAUAAGAGUAUUAUAAGAAUAAAUUGCACACAUUUUUCAUUCCUCCUAAAGCUUUUGACUAAUUUAGAUCAUGUUUAAAAACAGACCGGAUAUUUCACUCAGUCGCGUUUUGUUUCAUCCUACAUGGACUUAACAACGUCUCUACUGCCGUCUGUAAAUGUGUGUUUUACUUUGUUGAACCUGUUUCUGCACUUUGCCUGCUACAAGUUGCAUGCUAAAAAAGUGAAGAAAAAACAAAAAAUCAAACAAAAAAAAACAAAAAAACAAGCACUGUCAUGUGGUACCUCUAUAUGAAUGUUAUUUUUUUCUAACGUCGGUGGUUGAUUUAUUUAUUUUAUGAGUGUAUUGCUUUUAUUUCUCUGUAGAGCACAAAGCCGGUCGGAUGGAGGGUGUUUUCGGCUCAGUGGGACUCCGAGAAGCAGACUUAAUUGUCUCUCUACACACACACACACACACACACACACACACACACGAUAGAUAAAACUAGGCUAAAGAGAAGCGCUCGAGUCCUAAAGGUGGAGAGAGUUCCUACUCUGCUCUGCUUGAGUUUCGCCAUAAUGCAGCUUGGAACUGACGUGCAUUAGCAAAACAUCACGUCCAAUCAUCGCUACAUCGAAGAACACUCGGUCCUCUCUGUUAUCAGUGUUAAAAAAUAUUGCAAAAAUGACAACAACAAAAAAUGUGAAGCAAACGGUUUUUCGCUGGGCAGCAGAGGACGAUUCACGCAAAGAUUUACACCCAGAACCUGGACACGAUUUCAUUUGACCAAAUAUCCCCAGGAAACAAUGUGAUAAUACUGUAUGUUGAUGCAAUGUGUAUGUACAUUACAAAAGAGAAAGAAUAAUAAAUAUAUCAUCAGUGUCAAAAAAAAUCUAUCUUUUUCUAUUAUGUUUAACUGUGUUUUGGAAUGACUUAUCUUGUGACACAAACUGAAAGAAGAAGAAAAAGAAGGAAAAAAAAA